AUGACAGACUUGCCAGAUUUUUCGAGUCCUAAAGGUGCUGAUUCGGAGCUUCAAGACUUCUUGUUAGCGGAGAAACAGAAAGCUCAGUUUCAUGCUCAGAUACACGAGUUUAAUGACUUUUGCUGGGACAAAUGUGUGGAUAAACCGGGAGCAAAAUUAGACUCGAGAACAGAGACCUGUAUUACAAAUUGUGUUGAAAGAUUUAUUGAUGUCUCAUUACUUAUUACCAAUAGAUUUGCCCAAAUGUUGGAAAAGGGUGGUGGUAUGCAGUAA